CAGUUAUAGAUGUGACAAAAUGAGAAGGAAAACCAGAACAAAACAUGAUGAUUGAACACAAAUUCUUCAACAUUUCUCUGCUUCUGUUGCUUCUUUUUUCAGGAGAUCUAAGUGGAGAUCUUUCACUCUCCUUCACUGUCAGAGAUGGAGAUAAAGUCACUUUGCCUUGUGAAAACGUGAUCAAAAACCAUCACAGCUGUCACACUACCACCUGGCUCUUCACUGAUUCAAGAGGAAAAACAGCAGUAGAGCUGGUUAAUCUUGGACAGAUCACAGAAACAGUCAAAUCAGACAGACUGAGUGUUACAGCAGAAUGCUCACUGGUUAUAAAGAAGGUCACAGCUGAGGAUGUCGGCCGUUACACCUGCAGACAGUUUAGAGGCAAUCCAGGGAGACAGCAAGGUCCAGAUGCUGUGGUUUAUUUGUCUGUUGUUCGCAUGACUGAACAGAAGAGCAGGGAUCAGGUGACUUUAAACUGCUCUGUGCAGGUACAUGGACAUUGUGAACACAAAGUGAAGUGGAUCCAUUACAGUGAAGGUCUGAAUAGAGAUUACUCAAACAUAAAAACAUUACAGUCGUCCUGCUCUGCUACUGUGACUUUUGUAAAUUCUUUAUACAGUCACAUAUCUAACUCUGACUUUAAGUGUAACGUAACAACAGAAGAUGACAAAGAGCAGCUUUUUACCUUCAGCCCUCAUUCAUCAGGUGAAGAAACAAUUACAACAACAACUGUUAAAUUGGAAAUCACAAUUGAAAAUACAACAAGAGCAGGUCUGGGGACAAAAGAGUUGGAAAGCAUGGACGGUUCAAGAAAAUUAAGCUGGUCCUUGUACAGGCUCAUCAUUGUGGCUCUGGGUUUAGCAGCACUUAUUGCUGCUGUUGUGAUCGUCAACAUCUGGAUAAGAGUUGGUGAGAAUAAUCAUAUAUGAACAAGAUUUUGUUUGUGGAAGCUAAAGUUGACUCCUUACUUGGUCCUUUUAGGGGAAAAAGCACAGAUGGAGGAAAACACGAUGUGCAAAGAUGAGGUUGAUGAUGGAGCAGUGAACUAUGAAAAUGUCCAAUCUUCUGAUGAAGUUUGACCGACCCUCUUGCUUCUGGCAGAUCUCACAUAUCAGCACAUCAAUGUGCUGCACAGUACAUUUCUUUUUACCUUCAUACUCAACCUUUUAAACAGAGACUCGUGCUCUUGCUUCAGUCACAGUUUGGAUAACAAUACUGAAACUGUGAUACUCUCCUACUUUGAAAACCAAAGUGACUUUUAUAAAAAUAACUUCCUGCAUCAGCUGUAAAAA